AUGGGACCAGAUAAUGAAAUCUUAUUAGAUCAAUCAAUUUCAUUGAAUAAUGAUAAUGAUAAUCAUAUGAAUGAUUCGUCAAUACAAAUUGCAACAAAAACCAAAAUUUUUUUAAAUGGCAAUCAACAUCGAUUAAAUGGUGGUGUAAAUCAUCAAAUAAAUGGUGGUAAAAAAAAUGGUUUUUGUCAUCAUGAAAAUGAAAAAAUUUCCAAUGGAAUACAUCACAAUGCUGAUGAUAAUGAUAAAGUCAAACAAUCGAAUGGUGGAAACGGAUUCAUUGUUUUCGGUAAUAAUGGUUGUCUGCCUGUUGUUGUUGAUGAUGAUGAUGAUAAUAAUGAUACUCAACAACACUGCCCUAAACUGCAAUUGUCUUCACUUAAAAAAUCAAAUUAUCCAUUUGUUAAUGGUACAACAAAAAAUGGCAUUUUAAAAAAAUAUCCGACUGAAAAAAAUGGCUUCAAACAUUCAUCAAUAUCAUAUUAUUGUUCAACAGCGACAACGGCAACAGAUAAUUCAAAAUUGAAAAUAAAAUCAACACCUGAUAAUCGUUUUAAUCGUUAUGAACAACCGCCAUAUCAUAUCGCCUUUCUUUGUUAUAUUAGUUAUGCUGUGCUUAUAUUAUUUGGUUAUAUUCGUGAUUUUAUGCGUAAAACUGGAUUAGAAAAAAAUUUAUCUGCAGUUGAACGUGAUCGUGAGGGAUAUACAUCUUUAUAUAAAAGUUUUGAAUCAUUUUAUACUCGUAAUAUUUAUCGUCGUAUAAGAGAUGCAUGGAAUCGACCAAUUGCAAGUGUACCCGGUGCUGAAAUCGAUGUUGUUGAUCGCUAUUCAUCGGAUGAAAAUUGGACAUUUGAGUAUCCUGGAACAAAAUCUCGUGUAAUCAAUAUGGGAUCAUAUAAUUAUCUUGGUUAUGCUGAAAAUAGUGGACCAAUACAUGAAAAAGUUAUCAAAACAAUUUACGAUAAUGGUGUUGGCAUAUGUUCAACACGUAAUGAAUUGGGUCAUAAUGAACAUGUUAAACAUCUGGAACAAUUAAUGGCAAGAUUUUUAGGUGUCGAAGCGUGUGUUGUGUUUGGAAUGGGUUUUGCAACAAAUUCAACCAAUAUACAAUGUUUUGUUGGCCGGGGAUGCCUAAUUAUGAGUGAUUCUAAUAAUCAUGCAUCAUUAAUUUUAGGUUGUCGUCUUUCGGGUGCAACUAUACGUAAAUUUAAGCAUAAUAAUAUGAAGGAUUUGGAACAUGAAAUUCGUAGAUAUAUUGUUGAAGGUCAACCAAAAACGGGUGAACCAUGGAAUAAGAUUAUUAUUGUUGUUGAAGGAAUAUAUUCAAUGGAAGGAACAAUCGUAAAUUUACCCGAAUUGAUACGUAUCAAAAAGCAAUAUAAAUGCUAUAUUUAUCUGGAUGAAGCGCAUUCGAUCGGUGCACUUGGACCAAAUGCACGUGGUGUAAUCGAUUACUUUGGAUGCGAUCCAUCCGAUGUUGAUAUAUUGAUGGGAACAUUUACAAAAAGUUUCGGUGCUGCGGGUGGUUAUGUAGCCGGUAGUCGUGAUCUUGUCAAUUUGAUACGGAUAAAUUCAUUUAGCCAUUAUUAUGCUAAUCCAAUGUCGGUACCGAUUGCUAUGCAAAUUAGCUGUGUAGUGCAAUCAUUAUCAGGUGAAGAUGGUACCGAUGAUGGCCGAAAGCGUAUACAAAAAUUAGCACAUAAUUCACGAUAUUUCCGGAAAAAAUUACGUCAAUUGGGUUUUAUUGUUUAUGGCCACGAUGAUUCACCUGUUGUACCGUUAUUGCUUUGUUUUUGUUCAAAAAUUGCAGCCGUAAUCCGUAUGGCCCAUGAUAAAGGUCUUGGAUUUAUUGGUGCUGGUUAUCCUGCCACACCAUUAACGACCGGAAGAGUUCGUUUCUGUAUAUCAGCUGCCCAUACCAAAGAUAUGCUAGAUCGUUCAUUAAAUGUGAUGAACGAAAUUGGCGAUAAGAUUAGUAUCAAAUAUUCAGCCGAAACUGUUGACGAUGAUAAUGAUGAUGAAAUUUAUGAUUAUGAUUAGGUUACUUUUUAUUCAAGAAAAAAAAAUUCUCAUAUUUCCGGGUAGUCUGUGAUAAAUAACGAUAAUGAUGUUUGCUACAAAAUAACCUUUAACGGUAAACUCU